AAACCACUACCCACACAUCUUGCAACAAACAAAGCUCUCCAUCUCUCAGGAAGACACGACUACUCCGUUUCUAAAGACAGCAACAAAGCUUCAACAUGGUGGCCGGCGGAAAGCAGAUCUUGGGGAUGGCGUUGGCCUUUAUCGGCUUACUGGGGACCGUCAUCAUCUGCGCCCUCCCAACCUGGAAAGUCACAGCCUUCAUCGGUGCCAACAUCGUCACCUCUCAGGUCAUAUGGGAGGGUUUGUGGAUGAACUGCGUGACUCAGAGCACAGGCCAGAUGCAGUGCAAGGUCUAUGAUUCUCUUCUGGAGUUGCCUCAAGACCUUCAGGCCGCCAGAGCGCUCAUCGUCAUCGCCAUCAUCGUUGCAGUGUUCGGGAUCCUGCUAGGCGUGGUGGGAGGCAAGUGCACCAACUUCAUACCAGACGAAACUCAAAAGAGCAGAGUGGCCGUCGCUGCGGGUGUCGUCUUCAUCAUCGCGGGAGUCUUGGUCCUCGUCCCCGUCUGCUGGACCACCAACACAAUCGUUCGGGAUUUCUACAACCCAACCCUGAUCAGCGCUCAGAAGAGAGAGUUGGGGGCCUCCCUCUACAUUGGCUGGGGCACUGCAGCGCUGCUCGUCAUCGGCGGUGGGCUCCUCUGCGCCACGUGUCCUAAGAACGAGAACGACUAUGACUACCGGUACUCCAAGGCUCGCUCUGUGGACACCAACAAGCAGCAAUACGUCUAGAGUCACAGAACUGAGUCGGGUAAAGAUGAGACAAGAUAAGAUUUGAUAAAAGUCUUAUAUUUGAGUCAAGAUACUUAACGAAACUGUGGCAGAAAGAAUGAAUGAAAUACCGUUUGUCGUCUUCAUAGGAAACAUUUAUAUUGUGAAAAGUGAAUUAACUGUAUUUAUAAAUACAUAGUUAUUUAGAGAUGCUUUCAGACCAAAAAACAGCUUAAUUAUUUUUUUCCUGCAUCCUCAUCUGUCUUUUUGUUUAUUUGGACAUUGUGUAAGAUGUGAAAUCUGCUCUGAUCUGGAUUUUUUUGAUCAUAUGUAAACGUUGACAAUCGUGUGGCUUCUUGUUGUUUUGCUUGUUUUUAAUUUAUAAUCCAUAAUUAUAACUAUAGUCAGUGGUUAUGACUGCCUUUCUUCCUUUCGAAAUGUCACUAAUGCUUACAGUAACAGUGGUGGAAAAAGUGCAGCUUGUACUGAAAAGCGUGGAAUCUUAACAAACAGGUUGUGGGACAAUGUUCGCUUUCUGCUGAAGAAACUCUGCCAAACUAAAACAAGACUUAUCGACAAAGCUGUUUCCGUGGAGAACUCAUCACUCGUAGUUUAUUGUCUCAUAGGCCUGUGGAUAACUGUAAAACAAAAUUUUAUAUAUUUGAAAUAAAAGAAUUAACAUAAAAUAAA